AUGCUUCCUCCUUUCGACUACUUUGAGUAUCGCCGCAUACGGAACCAAAAGCAGGCGGAACGAGAUCUCCGCUUCGCUUCCCUGCCUCACCCAUAUCACCUCCCGAUCACAGCAUCGGACAAGAAGAUUAUCGAACAGCCCAUCGAAGAGCUGGUCCGGGAUAUUCAAGGCUCUACGACCUCGGCUCUGACUGUUCUUCGCACCUAUGGCAAGGUUGCUGUUCGGGCCCAAAAGCGUACCAACUGUAUUACCGAGCUCCUGCUCCCGGAAGCAGAAUCAUGGCUUGAGUCAGAGGUGAACCUCAAAGGACCUUUGGCAGGCAUUCCUGUCUCGCUUAAGGACUCUGUCCAGAUCAAGGGUUUCGAUACCACCCUUGGCUACUCCGCACUGGCGGGGAAGCCUUUCAAUGAGGAUGGACCAAUGACAAAAUUGCUCAAAGAUGCCGGAGCUGUUCCUUACGCAAAGACUGCUUUGCCUAUCACCCUUCUCUCCUUUGAGUCUGACAACGGACUUUGGGGCCCCUGUCUCAACCCCCAUGUACCAGGGUAUUCCCCUGGUGGCUCGACCGGUGGUGAAGGCUCUCUGCUGGCACAGGGUGGCCGUAUUGGUAUCGGCUCCGAUGUUGCUGGAUCAGUUCGUGUGCCAGCUGCUUGGAGUGGGAUCUAUUCGCUCCGCUGCAGCACGGGUCGCUGGCCUAAGGCCGGAGUGAGCACUAGUAUGGCAGGCCAGGAGGGUAUCCCGAGUGUGUUUAGUCCAAUGGCUCGCACUUUGAAUGACUUGACCUAUUUCACUCGUGCCAUGAUUGGUAUGGAGCCGUGGAAGUAUGAUAACACUGUCCACCCGAUUGCAUGGAGGGAUGAGCUUGAGACCGAUGCAAAGACCAAGCCUCUUCGGAUUGGAUUGAUGAGGAAUGAUGGUGUGGUUCCACCCACUCCUGCUAUCGAGCGUGCUGUUUCCACCACAGUCGCCGCCUUGACCGAAGCCGGCCACACGGUGACUGAGAUCACGACACCCGACGGAGCCGAUCCAUUCACUGGCCUUGACCUUGCAUCUCAACUCCUGAACUCGGACGGCUGUCAUCAUUUCAACGUGCCCUUCCGCAGCUUCGAGCCAACUGAUCCUGGCGCUUACCAGCUGACCCGUGUCGCACAUCUGUCCCGUCCCUUGCGCUACCUUUACUACCUCUACGUGCGCUACAUCAAACGUGACCAGAUCCUCGCCACGUUAAUUCGCAACUUCGGUCCUAAGUCAUCUGCACAGGUGUGGCCGUUGGUCGCGCAACGCGAAGCCUUCCGGGCCACCUGGCACAAGUGGUGGAACGCCGAGCCUCAGCAGUUUGAUUUCAUCUUGUGCCCUGUCAAUGCCACGCCGGCCUUGCCGCACAAGGCUAUGUACGACGCCAUGUCCUCAUGUGGUUAUACCUUUCUCUGGAAUCUACUGGAUUACACGGCGGGUGUCUUACCCGUGGGCCAUGUUGACGCUGUGCGUGAUGCCUUGGUGGCUCCCUAUCGGACCGUCUUGCAGCGUCUAGGUAGCAACCAUGCUGUAGCGCGCGGGGCCUGGAAGCAUUAUGAUUCCGCCAAUAUGGCCGGUCUGCCGACGGCCGUACAGGUCGUCGGUCGCCGUUGGCAAGAAGAGCAGGUUCUCGGGUACAUGGCUGUUGUGGAGAAAGCACUGGAGCAGUACAUCGACCCACAGACUGGCGAGUGUGCCAAAUAUAGCCUACUUGAGAUUGACUGA